CUCUCUCUCUCUCUCUCUGAGGGUGUGUUCAAUGAAUGCAGGACUCUCAGUUGUCUGGUUACUUUGAGGUGAGAUACUUGUGAAACACCUGACUGCUCACAACAGCCCUUCAGUCUUUUACCAAGAUGCAGAAGUGGGUUGUGAUCUGUUGGGCUCUCCUGGCCCUGGUUGGAGCAGAAGAGUGUCCAGAUGGAGGAAAAUGUGAAGACGGUCAAACCUGCUGCAACGACCCAGCCAACGGCUAUGAAUGCUGCCCGUUUGAUCAGGCUGAGUGCUGUGAUGAUCACGUACAUUGCUGCCCUGCGGAAACAAUCUGCGAUACGGCCACGUCCAGCUGUGUGAACGCUACCGUUACCAUGCCCUGGGUGGAAAGAGCUUCUGCUGACCAACCCAGACACUCUAAAUCCUUCAGGAUGAUCAAGGCGUACAUGGGGGAGGAUGACGACAACGUCUGUCCCGAUCAGUCACGGUGCCCACCUGAAUUCUCCUGUCUGAGGGCCUUGACGAGGUUUGGCUGCUGUCCCCUAGCUCAGGGAGUCCCCUGCUCUGAUGGGAAACACUGCUGUCCUGAGAACCACCAGUGCAGCGCGGACAGCCGCUCCUGCAUCAAAAAAGAGCUUGUGACUACAGUGCUGUGCAGCGACGGAGUGUCAGAGUGUCCAGAUGGAACCACCUGCUGUGAAGACUCUGAAGGCAAAUGGGGAUGCUGUCCCAUGCCAAAGGCCGUGUGCUGCGCGGAUAAAAUACACUGCUGUCCUGAAGGGAGCGAAUGUGAUGUGGAACACUCCAAAUGUAUUUCCUUAUCUACCAAAAAAGAGAUGCCAAUGUGGGCCAAACUUCCUGCUCGAAUGAGGGCAGAGUGGGAGAACCAGAAAGAGGGUGAAAAAGUGACUGCAGAGACAGCUCAUGACUCCAGCUCAGAAAAAGCCCCUGAAUUCACCAAAGUGGAUACAGUUCCUCCUUCAGAGAAGGAAGUAUCUGUUUCGCCUGUCUCUAAGGCAGCUGCAGGUGACGUCCCCUGCGAUGAUACAGUAGCCUGUCCAGAUGGCACCACAUGCUGUAAAACACAAGAAGGCGGCUUCGCUUGCUGUCCUCUACCAGAGGCUGUUUGCUGUGAAGAUUUCAUUCACUGCUGCCCACACGGUAAGAAAUGUAAUCUGGCUGCACAGACCUGCGAUAGCGACACACACUCUGUGCCGUGGGUCAAGAAGAUACCCACAAUCCCCAGGCUGGGCACACAGGCGGGGAAUGUUUCAUGUGACUCCACCGCGAGUUGUCCUGAUGGCGCCACCUGCUGCAAGACCACAGAAGGAAAAUGGGCCUGCUGUCCUCUACCUAAGGCGGUCUGUUGUGACGACCACGAGCACUGCUGCCCUACUGGCACCACCUGUGACUUGACCAGCCUCACCUGUAACGAUGGCUCUGUCUCAACGCCCAUGCUUCAGAAGAUUCCUGCAUUUGUCCAAGAAUCGACCACUACAGUGGCGGCUACGACAGCUACAACUAUAACGCAAACUGAGGAGGACGAGGUGAUGACGGAUGAGGAGGAAGACGAUUAUGAGGACAUGGAGGGCAGGGUUCAUUGCGAUGCCCGCACCAGCUGCCCUCAGUCCUCCACCUGCUGCUUCAUGACCUCGAUUCAGAAGUGGGGCUGUUGCCCGCUGCCAAAGGCUGUGUGCUGUGCUGAUGGGAACCACUGCUGUCCAACCAACUAUAAGUGUAACGAGAGCAAGACCUCGUGCAUCAAAGGAGAAGUGGUGAUUCCGUGGUACACCAAGCUUCCAGCCACCAUCAGCAUCCAGGCUGAUCCCAGCUCGGUACAGUGCGACGCUCGGACUCAAUGCCCUGAACACACCACCUGCUGCCGGCUGGUCACGGGCCAGUGGGGCUGCUGCCCGCUGGAAAAUGCUGUGUGCUGCACAGAUAAGGAGCACUGCUGUCCACAGGGUUACACCUGUAACGUCGCCUCUAACUCCUGUCAGAAGCUCAUCAUGCUGCAGCUGCAGACUGUCCCGCUAACACCGGUGUAUCUGCCCGAGCACCAACCCCAGUUCAACCCCUUAAAGCUCAGAGACGUCCAGUGUGAUGAGAAGACCAGCUGCGGAGAUGGAGAGACCUGCUGCAAGAUGUCCGCUACUACCUGGGGCUGCUGUCCAAUGCCUAAUGCGGUGUGCUGCAGCGACAUGCUACACUGCUGUCCCACCGGCUACACCUGUACUGAAGGUGGAGACUGCACCCAGGACACCAGGCUUCGCUGGUACAACUGGCACAUGUUCCUCGCCAACAAAAAGAGAGCUCUAAUAGUGUGAAAACAUCUCUCCGGCACUGUCAUUUGUUUCUGCAAGCAAUGCACUAAUGGGAAAUAAUGUAAAGGGAUUUUAUGAUGAUUGUUAAAUGCUUUGUUCUUACAGGACAGUAGUAAAAAGGUGAAGGGGACAUUGUGAAAUUGAAUUGCACUUGGGGUUAUGAUGUUUUUCUGUGAUCUUGGAGUUGCUAAAGACAUGUAUGUUGUAUGUUUAAAAGUCAGAUAGGUCCAUGUUAUUCCAAGCAUGCAGUAUACUACAUGAAACUCUACUCCAUCCAUAACAAAAGUCAAUUGAAACACUCCACAGGCAAUAUUAUUUUAUUCACUGUCAGUCAAUCUGUUUCUGUAUUUUCUGCUUCAGCUGCCUUGUCACAAUUUGGGGCAUAAUUUAACACGCUAUCAUUCAUAUUCAUAUCAUUUUGAAUAUGAAUCAGUA